AUGUAAGAAUGUAAUCUGCAGACAGCAGCGUGCCUCACGUUGUAUGUAAAGCGAAAGCAAAUAGAAUAGCCUGAAGAUUGACAUUGGAUUUAUUGAAUUUUCUCCUGAGAUACGUACUCGGUUGUUUUAACUUUUCAUUAAAAAAGGUGUGAUAUUGGUAGGCUAUUUAAAUCAAGAUAUUCAUCUAAUGCAAUCGUUUCAUUGCCUGCAGCAAGCACCCUACUGCAAUGGGGAUUCCCCGGCGUAAGGACGCAACACACUCUUGAGCUUAAACAAUGUUCACAGCACAAACAUUGUUAAAAGUCUUCAUGUCUACAUGUGUCCGAUAGUAAAACCCGAGUACAAUUGUGGGCAUUGUCACAAUUCAAGUGCCGCUUUUCCUUAAUUUACAAUGACAAUAAAUGUGUGUAAGGGUUGCCCCUUGUUGACCACUGCAUUGCAGUAGCACAGGGGGAUUUCUGAAAAGGCAUAUUGUACAGUACGUUGAACGGUACUACAGCGGACUACAGCGUAAAAUAAUCGAGAAGCUUCACUUCUGUCGGUAUUUGAUGGAUUCAAAUGUAAAUUGGUAAUUCGAUUUUACAGUUUGGCUCCACUUAAUGUUUUGUGGUCCACAUCUGGGGGCUUGGGGAGGUUUGACCCCGCUGAUUAAGACUUGGAUCCCCCCCCAAAAGAGGUAAAAAGGUCGGGGGUCGAUACAUUUAUAUAUUGUUCUUACCUGUAAUCGUAAAUAUUACUUAACAACCUGGAAAAUAAGUUGUCAUUGUAUAAUUCGCACUCUGUCAAGCGAAUGGGGCCCAUGCAUUCCACCAACUUGUUAUCUUGUCAGUCUGUCUAGAUUGAACAUAGAAAAUGACCACAGAGGAAAGUGAUUGCUGCGGCCUAUGGGAACUCUCCCGGCAGAAUUCCGGAGCGACAGGGUCCUGGGAAUCUGACCUGGGUCCAGUUCAGCACACUUUGAAAUUUGUGAAGAACCUGGAGGAGCAGUAUGUGUGUCCUGUCUGCAAGGGUGUAGUCUUCAACCCGCAUCAGUCUGGCUGUGGUCACAUCUUCUGCCACCACUGCAUUCAAGGGAUACUGGAGGGUUCUGGAAUGAAUCCAGUCUGCCCUUUGGAUGGAGGUUUGAUUAAAUCUAAUGAGGUUUUCCAAGACAAUUGCUGCAAAAGGGAAAUAUCAAAUUUAGAAGUCUACUGCACAAACUCUCCUAACUGCUCUUGUAGAAUUACCUUAUGUCGAUUGCAAGAACACCUCAAAGCUUGUCAGUACGAGUUGCUGCAAUGUUCCAAUACAGGUUGCUCUGAGGUCAUGCAGCGGCGGGACCUCCAAGAACACCUUAGGAUCAGCUGCACACAUCGCAUGGAAUCUUGUCAACACUGCAAAAAGCCAUACAUGUUCUGUCAACUCAAGGACCAUGAGAUGACCACGUGCCUGGAGGUAGAAAUUGAGUGUCCCAACAAAUGCUACCAGAAGAUUAAAAGAUGCAAGGUCACAGAGCACAUUGAUGAGUGUCCAGAGGUGGAGACAGACUGUGUUUAUGCAAAAUUUGGCUGCUCAGUUCGGGACAAGAGAGCUGAAGUUCGAGUCCAUGAGGAAACGGCCCGUAAUCACCAUGUGCUUCUCGUUUUGGAAAGCAAUACCAAAUUAGAAAAAAAAAUGGAAGUCGUCCAACAGGAGGUGCUGUUUAGAAACCAGGUGCUCCAGGAGAACAGCCAGAUUGUCAGCAGUCUGGAAAAAGAGGUUAGGCCUCUGGCCCAGCAUGUUAGCAGGUGCGACCAGACCCUAACUGCAGUGCAGAGAUCUCUGAACGAGCAAAGGGACCAAAUCUCCAGUGUCAGACUCCAGCUUCAGGAGCUGUCCAGGAUGUUCAGCCCUGGCAUGGCCCAGGAGGGCCUGAGUUAUCUGAAAACCUCUCUGGACUCACUGAAACAGCAGGUGUCCACCACCGAAGGCCUCAAAGACCACCUGGUGGCUCUGGAGGAGAACUACAAGCGUCAUUCUCGCCUCCUGGACAUUCACACAGCUCAGCUUGAACGCAAUGAAGAACGCUUCAAGGAGCUCGAGUCCACCUCAUACGACGGGAAACUCAUCUGGAAGAUCCGUGACUUCCGCAAGAAAAAGUCUGGAGUCCAGGGCCUCCAACCAUGCUUUUGUAGUGUGCCGUUCCAUACUGGCCGUUGUGGAUACAAAAUGGCUGUCAAAGCCUACCUGAAUGGGGAUGGGGAUGGUAAAGGCAGUCAUUUGUCCCUCUAUGUGGUCCUCAUGCGGAGCGACUUUGACCCACUCCUUCAAUGGCCCUUCCGACAGACCGUUUCCCUUUCGGUCUUGGACCAGAGUGGGGCCAACAACCACUACACCCACAAUUUACGUCCUGACCCAGCCUGUAACAGCUUCCAGCGCCCCAGCUCAGAUGUCGCUGCCAACGUUGCCUCAGGCUUCCCGCGCUUUAUCUCACACGCCCAGCUGGAGGCACCCAAAACCGCAGUCUACAUCAGAGAAGACACACUCUUUGUAAAGGUCAAAGUUGAUACAACAGGUUUAGAUGACUUGUAGAUCUGUUUGGUCAGACCUACUUCAUCUUGCUCAAUUAUGCUUUUUCUGGGGGCAAACUAACUGUGUGAAGAAUCUUAAAAAGGGAAUUACUGAUGUGUGUACAUGUUUUUAUUUAGUAAUUUUGUGAACUUAGCUAUUUAUCCUGUCAGCCAGACUGAAGAUUUUAAAGGAACAUGCAUGUUAUUUGACAGGAUAACUCAGGGAUUUGAAUGUUAAGUAUUAAAAAACUGAAUUGAGUUUAUAAAACUUUUUUUUCUUUCUCAAAUGUAGUAAAUGCUAAACUUCCUGCUACUCUUAAUUUUCAUUAAGAGAGAAUACGUUCGUCCCCUCAAUGCUUUAAAGAUCACAAAACUUUGGUUUACUUGUUUUCUUAGUGAUAUGAAGCUUAUGCUGCUGCUUUUGCAGUUGCUCCUCACAGGAUGAAUGUGUAACAGUUAUAAGUGUUUACCUUUUCCACUGGUCUGGUGACUUGUUCACUGGCUGCUCUAGCUUGAAAAACAAUAUUACUUUCUCCAAAGGUAAUUUCAGCUGAAACAAGUCAUAUACAUUAGUCAAGUGUGACAUAUUUUUUUUUGUGAUGAACAUGAUUUUUAAGCAAUGUUUUUCUUUAGCAAUAAAAAUACA